AUGACCCCCUCUCUUGACGCAUUGAGCGUCGAGCUCAUGCAAUGCAUCCUCUACAACCUCGAAAUCGCCGACGUUGGUGCUCUGCGUCUCGCCAGUCGCGCCGCCAAUGCCCGUAUCCUGCGCACUAACUACCCGGAAUGCUUCAGGACGAAGCGCUGGCUCUGGCUCGACACGCGUUCGCUCCAAUUGUUCGUGCGCCUCACGGCUGUAGGUCAGCCGGCUUGCUCUCUAGAGAACCUCACAAUCGUUGGUGCAGCGGUGAGCUCGCCCGACGAGCUCGACGAGACGUCACAGCACCGUGCUCUGCUUGCAAAAGCCUUUGAGAAUCUGAAGGCGGGCUCCCAGAUCGGAGCUCUGCGGUCAUUGGCCCUCACGGUCGCCCUGAGGCCUGAGGAGGACAUUUCACCGUCAGACGAAGAAGUGUCCGGAUCAGAGGGAUGCAAGUCAUCGGGGUUUCCGACUCAGGAUUUUAGGCACUGGCCGUAUGUCUGGGAUCUCGCGCAGCAGGCGCUCGCGGUGACCUUGCAUGCGCUGGGUGACUCCGGCCUCGGCGUCCUCGAACAGCUGGAUCUCUUCAUGGCACCUCAGGGCUGUAGUCUGUACCUUCAAAAGUUCGUCGACAUCCCGGUUCAGUUCCCAGCGUCAAUGGCUUCGUUCCAAGGCGUCAAGGAGCUCAAAGUGAGUCUAUCACCGCCGAUGAAGGCUCCCAUGUACGACGGAGAUGGCUUCGUCGAGGAAGAGACGGAAGUGCUAGAUGACAAUGGGCGGGCCGUUGCAUACCCUGCGAACAUCCUGCAAGAUGUCGUGCGCACCUUGAUAGUGAUGGCCCCGGAACUGGAAACCCUCGACCUGCAUUGGUUCUCGCUGAACCGAGAAACGAGGCCCCAUGAUAUGCAUCCUGACGAGGCACCGGCGACUUUGACUAAGCCUCUACGGGACUGCUGUCUGCGAGGGCUCUCAGUUAGCGAUGCUCAGCUGCUCGCCUUUUUGCAAAGCACCCGCCCAGCGCGGGUGCACUUCGAGUACAUGCAGAUGCUCGGAGGGGGUUGGGAUACUGUCCUGCAGCACAUCAUCAGCGCGAGCAGCGGCAUCAAGGCCUGUCAUUUUCGCGAAGUAGAUCAUACACUUUGA